UUACUAAAAUGCAUGUAAAUAUAGUUUUCAGUCGAUAGAUGGCAGUUAUAUCGGAUGAUGCGAACGCAGUAUACAUAACCUUUGUCUCUUGCGCGAUAUUAUUUAACGCGCAUCACAAAUUUCUUCACAUUGAUUUUAUGUUAGAUUCAUUUUGUACGAAUUGUAUACGCGAUCGGAGUAACAAAAGUUAUUAAAUUCAAUCGGAAUAGAAAUGAUUCGAUCGUCCAAAACGAUCGAACGUUCGAUUCCUUUCGCUCUUAUAGCGUAAACAGGGUACGCCGCUCAAAGAAUGGAUUCCGCAAAAGGCGGAAUGCGAUGAUUCAGUUAUGUUGCCUUCGACCGGAUAUUUCAAAACGAUAAAUUGUCCGUUUUAUGAGAACGGAUCAUGCGAAAGACCCUAUUGUCAUUUUAAACAUGCUAAACGAGAAGAUACAGGAGGCACAGCAGGAAUGGCUGGAGUGGUGGAGACCCAGGCAACGUGUCAAACUCAAACUACAAAGGUAACUGCCAUGGCUGCUUCAAAUUCAGAUAUGUUACAACAAUUGGUAACGGAAGCUGUUAAAAAGGUGCUUGCGGAUCAAGAAGUUACGGACACGGAUAAAUUCUCUAAAACUAUAGUUUCUCAAGUAGUAGAAGGACUUAAACCAUCCCUAACUUCUGACUCUGCUUCUUCGUCCGAAACAACUGCUAGCAAUAUUAUCGGAAAGCAUAUGAAUAUUCCUACGACCAUAACGAAACCUGUUCCUUGUGUUUACAAUCCAACGCCUAUAGCGGAAUUAAAGAAAAGGCAUAUACCAGUCGUUUCUUAUAUGCCAACUAGAGAAAAUAGAGUGGCUGUAAAACGUAAAUCUUCUCCGGAUAGAAUCAAACCUUGGCUCAGCGUAAUUAAAGAUCCGACAAGUUCGCAAACAACGGAGAUCACUUACAAACCUACCGCAAUCUCUUGUAUUUCCGACCAAGAUUCUGCACAGAGUUACGUACCAACAUUUAAAUCGGAUUCGUCCUCGUCAAAUUCGUACGAGGACAGCAAUUCCAACGACAAUAUACCUAAAGUCAAAGAAGCUUAUUAUCCAAAAUCGAAAAAGAGAAGGGAAGAAUACGUUCCAAAGAAGGUAAAAGCUCCAUUGAAAAAUGUUCAACAAUUAGACGAUACUGUCUUGGAUCAAUUCGAGCCAGAGUUUGACAUGAUCGGAGAAAUAUUAACGGCUGCAACAACCGCUCUUAGCGCGGUACCGAGCGAAGAAUCGCAAGACUAUUGUUUAGAUUUAGAGCCAAAGUUUUCCGACGACGAACCUAUGCCACAUGAUACCAAAGAAAAGAACGUAUCUGAUGUCGAAAAAACUUUAUUUCAUAAUAUUGAAAAGAAGGAAGAAGAAACUGUAUAUGAUACGAAAGUCGUUGAUAAAAAGAGAAAACUCGAUGACGUAGAAAAUGAACUAUUUAAUAAUCACCGUAAUGUCGACGAUACUACCGAGAAAAUUACAAGCAAAAAACUAAGGGAAUCCAACGACGAUGCCAGAGACAAACAUAAGGAAAGAACGAAAGACGAGGAUACGAUUAAAAAAAGUCAUAGAAGUAGUAGUAGAAGUAGUGAUAAGCACAAAAAAGACCACAAUCGCUCAGGAAAAAGUAGCAAGGAAAGUAAGAGUUAUAAAUCUAGUUCAACGGACAAGCAACAAUCUUCGUCGUCGUCCCAUAAAGAUAAAGAGAGAAGUAAGAGCAGUCACGCUUCUAAAGACUCUACUCAUAAAUCGAAAGAACGUUCCGGUCAUAGGAACAAAAACUCGUCUGUUGAAAGAACGAAUAAAGAUAGACAUAAGAGUAGUAAACACGAGAAACAUAGAUCAAAGACAUAUACCUCGAGCUCGAAGUCUGAUAAACAUUCAUCCAAUAGAAGUCAUAGAAAUCAUCGAUCAAGAUCACGUAAUCGAUCGAGAUCACGUAAUCGAUCGAGAUCACGUAAUCGAUCUAGAACGAGAGAUCGGACGCGUAGCCCAUCUAAGAAAGGAAAGCACGAAGAAAAUAAUAGCGAUGAAAAGAAUAUAUUGGUCAAUGAAAGAGAAUCUCUUAGCCCAUCCGAAUCCAUACCAGGUUCUUUCGAGAGAGCUAUUUUUGAUUCGUCCGAUUCUGAACAUGAUGUGCAAGAGGAGUGUCUUAAAAUCUUUCAAGAAUAUAAAGUUUCUAAUCAUCCAAAAGUAGUAUCCAUUAAGGAAUCUACUAAAGUAGAUACUGAAGAUAGCGAGGAAGUUGGUAGAAAGAGAGUGGCACAUCCUUCGGCAGCUACUUCGGUAUCGCGGCAGGUCGGUCCGAGUCAACCGCUUAAGAAACUUCAAAAUCCUCAACAGAAAAUGUAUGAAAGAUGGCGUUUGAUGAGAGAAGCAGCCGCGGAGAAGGCUGCUGAGAAGGCUGCCGAAAAAAUGAUAACUAGUAAUAAAACUCAAAAAUCACCUCCACCAGUGAUUCAGCCUGCCAGUGCCGUAAACGACGAAUCAGUCGAGUCCGUUUCAACGAUAAAUAAUAACGAAUUGCAGAUGAAUGGACAUGGUCGUGUUAGAAUCGCCCACGUCCCGUAUGCAAUGUCGCUGGCAAUGAAGAAGAAACGAGUUACGGAAAAUGUAGGAAAAUCGAACGACGCUAAAGCGGGCGAUGGUAAGACUAUUGCUCAAACUAGUAAGGGAGGUGUACGCGUCGCUCACGUUCCACAAGUGGUCCCACAGCUUGUACGUCCGGAACCGCUUCAACCAACUACGCAAAAGUUCCCAUUGAAUGUUCGUCAGUAUUAUAUUAAUAUUAUGCACGAUGUAUGCGUACAGAUUUAUACGAACGGCGAAGACGCGGCACAACGUGCUGUACGCGAGGAAUUUGCGUGUCAUGAAAAAUGUAAAGCACUUCCCGUAUACAAAAAUUCGUGUAUGUUAGCUGCACAUAGAUUAAGAAAGGAAGUAGAUCAAAGUCGAUCUUCGGAUGGGAGCACAACGAUAGCUAGUGGUACUGUAUCGCACGAAGCCGUUCUCGCUGGAAAAUCGAAAGGUUCUUGGAGCGUGCUAAAAACGAAAAAAGCAAUAAUCGAGUUUAAGGGUGCAGCGUUGUAUUGUAUGUUAAAAAAAUGGAUUAUGACCGAACAACAAUUACAGGAUAAUGGAUUUCCUCGUGUUCAUCCAGAGGGUACUAAGGGACGUGCUAAAGUUUAUGUUAUAAACGCACGUAAUCAAACUGUUCUAUCAAAAGUGCCUAACGAAAGAAUCUGUAGUCGGUGUGGUCAAAAUUAUAUGGUGGAUAAACACGGAUUUCCUGUACAGCAACAGAAUUGUAUAUAUCAUUGGGGAAGAAAAUUUACGAUUAGAGGAGAAGGCAAAUAUAGCUGCUGUCAACAGUAUGGAUCUGCUACUGGUUGUUGCGACGCUAAAUCACACGUAUGGGAUUAUACUGAUUACGAAAAUCUUCGUGGUUAUAUCAAAACGUUACCGAAAGAUGGCUCCGAAGAAGAACAAGGCGUUUAUGCACUCGAUUGCGAGAUGUGUUAUACCACGCAAGGAUUAGAAUUAACAAGGGUAACAGUUAUUAAUGAAGAAUGCAAUGUUAUAUACGAAACGCUAGUUAAACCUCAGAAUCCAAUAGUCGAUUACAAUACAAGGUUCUCAGGGAUUACAGAAGAAGAUAUGAAAGAUGUAACGACAACACUUUUAGAUGUUCAAGCUACGCUUCUUGCUAUGUUCUCUAAUAAAACUAUACUGGUAGGUCAUAGUCUUGAAAGUGAUUUCAAAGCACUGAGGUUACUUCAUGAUACUGUGGUAGACACCAGUGUCAUGUUUCCACAUAGACAUGGAUAUCCUCAGAAACGGGCACUAAAAAAUCUCUGUUCUGAGUAUUUAAGAAAAAUUAUACAAAAUGAUUUUGGCGGUCAUGACAGUAAGGAAGAUGCUGUAGCAUGUAUGGAGUUGGUGCUGUGGAAAGUAAAAGAAGAAGCAAAAUUGCAAUAAACGAAAGAAAAAAUCACAUGAAAAUUAUUCGCAUAUAAAUAAAAUAACAAAUUGCGCUGUAUCGAUUAUACAGCUUUAUAUUAUUCGUUUCUUUUCUUCUUACGCGACACUCUAAUGUCAGUAAUAUACAUAUAUAUAUAUAUAUAUAUAUAUACACACACCAUUUAUACACGUUACAUACAUAUGUAUAUAAAGUAUAUAUAUAUAGCAAUAUAUAUAUAUACCGUGUAUAUGUAUAUAUAGCAAUAUAUAUAUAUAUACUGUGUAUUAUAUAUAUACAUAUAUACACAUACACGCUUUAAAGGCCCGGGAUGUAUCAUUUUUCAAGAUAUAAAUGUACAGUAUACAUAGUAUAUCUUUCUAAUUAUUUUGUUUUCAGGAUAAGUGCGUACAUGAAGUUUCGUAUAGCUUGUAAUAUCAUUCAUGAUAUAUCACAACCUCAUCUUUUUAUAUUUAUGAAUAUAAAUUAUUAGUUUGUUAGUAAGAAAAACAAAACAGAGAAAAAAAAAGAAAAAUAAGCGGUAAACUCAAUGUGUCGGGCUCUUCAGAAAUGCGUAUAUAUCUGUGUCGCGAUAUUUCGAUUAAUAUUUUUGUACUUCGUUAUUCUUACCUAUUUAUAUUUUAGAUCAUUAAAGAAACAAGAUGAGUUAA